AUGGUUAUAUUUUGGAAAGUGAUCAUAACUGUCCUUCUACUCUAUAGUGUCGUCAUCGAUGGAAAUCGAGCUCGCCGUCGUCGACGACAAACUUUAGAUCAAAUAUCUAAUUCUAUUAAUCAAAAACGAUUACCACCAAAUCCUAAAAUUCUCAAUGCUUAUGAACAAUCUUCUCUACAAAAUGAUAAUCAAAAUGAAAUUGUAUCAGGAAAAACAGGUAGUCGACAGUAUUAUUCACAUCAAGGUCCAUAUGGUUAUGGAACUAUUCAAGGUACAAAUUAUCCAUAUGCUGGUGCAGGUGUUGGUCCUUAUCAAUAUGGAUAUGGACAAUAUGGUCAAUCUGGACAAUCAAUAGGACAUUAUGGUUCCUAUUACAAUCAAAAUCCUGGUUCAUAUGGUUAUUAUUCAGGUUAUAAUAGUGGAAGUAAUUAUAAUCGUCCUGGUUAUUCAUCAAAUUAUAAUCCAUCAUGGGGAGGCGGCGGCAAUUAUGGUGGUUACUUUUGGAAUGCUGGACAAAAACAAAAUUUUAAUAUGUUUGUUAUUUUUAUUUCUUUAGUAGGUAGUUUAGUGAUUUGUUUGAGCCUAUAG